AUUUGCCACAAUCACAAGGCAUGUCUCAUUCAUUUUAGAAAGAAAAUAUAAUGCAGAGAACACAAGCCACUCGAGACUUCUGUCGAAGUAUGUCCCUAAUCCAAUACUUAUCUACUUAACUACUUGUCUCAAGGAUCGAUUUUUCUAAUCCAAUCCCUCGUUUUAACAUCUUUAUCAGCACCGAUUUUCCAGCUGUCCUUUUCUAAUCUUUAAGUUGUCUUUCGACAAGAAUUUUGUAAAUACCCCAUUUGGAUGAUUAGUUAGAAGACAGAUACAUGUGAUACCAUCUCAUUCAUUAAUUUCAGCAUCUCUAUAUAUCAUCUCCAAACACUCUUCCUCUCAAACCAACAAUUUCACAUUCUAUUCAAACACUAUCCUUUCCAAGAAAAACAUUCAAUUCCUUCGAUUGUUUUUUAUAACAGUUCAUUCAAGAAACAAUGGCAGUGCGAUUUCCUAGCGUCCUCCUCCGUGCGUCUUUCUUGGCUGCAAAGAAAUCUACUUCAAGAUCCUUAGAUGUGCCGAGAGGCUUCUUGGCAGUGUAUGUUGGUGAGAUGGAGAAGAAACGGUUCUUGGUUCCAGUAUCGUACUUGAACCGGCCUUCAUUCCAAGAUUUGCUAAAUAAAGCAGAAGAAGAAUUCGGGUAUGAUCAUCCUAUGGGUGGUUUGACGAUUCCUUGCACGGAAGAGGAUUUCAUUGAUGUCACUUCAAAUUUGAGCAGAGCAUAAAUAAUAGAAUAUAUCUUUACACUAACCCCACAAACAAUUUUGUAGCACAGGAAUCUUAUAUUCAGUGUAAAUAUUUAGUUUCAUACUAUAAAUGAAAAACUUUUACCGUAAAAAGACUAUAUGAUUCUUCAUCAAUAUAUCACUUUCGUAAUUCUAACAGUUUAACUAAUUGAUACAAACUUUGAUUCCGAUCUCGGAAAUAUUGCUGUUUAGUCAUAUUCCAUAGCUUUGAUGAAACAUCUCAUCUUAACCUUCUAGCAGUAUUCUUUAUAGUCUGUU